UUCAUCAGUGAGGUCUGCAGAUUUGGCUCUUUGACACAUCAAGGGACUCUGGCUUACCAGGAUGAACUCUGUGUCAACGACCACCCAGCUUGCUGUAAAAGUGUUUGAGGGGCAACAAAAGACAAACUGAGACAGACCGAGAGAAAAAAGAGUGAGAAGGGAUUUCUUUCUGAAAGGGAUUCCCCCACCCAAGGAAACAGAGGUGUGCUGGCAGACUGUCAGAGUCAUGAACAGAAGCUGGAGGUAGAACAUGACAUCUAGAACCAGCUGAAGCUGCCAGGCUUCAUGUCUCCAUCCUCCCAUGAGGGAGGACACGAAGAUGAGUGUCACCAACGAUCACUCCUUCAACAUCCUGACCAUCAUCUUUCUCCUCCUAUCUACUGAAGCUCUUUCGGCGCAUUUCCGAGUGUGUGAACCUUACUCUGACCACAAGGGGCGCUAUCACUUUGGAUUCCACUGUCCUCGUCUCUCAGACAAUAAGACUUACAUGUUCUGCUGUCACCAUAACAACACAGCCUUCAAGUACUGCUGCAACGAGACCGAGUUUCAGACAGUCAUGGGGGUCAACCUGACCACCUCCCCAGACGGUUACGCUCACAACAAUUACUCUGCAUUAAUCGGCGUGUGGAUCUAUGGAUUUUUCGUCAUGGUGCUGUUAGCUCUUGACUUCCUGUAUUAUUCUGCCAUGAACUAUGAGGUGUGUCGGGUUUAUCUGGAGAAGUGCGGUCUGGGGGGCCGCUGGCUGAAACAGGCCCGCAGUCAGUGGCAUGGCCCUGCGCAGGAGGAGAGUGACGGGCGGCCCGUUCAACCUGGAGCUCCAUCAGUACCUCAUGAGCAACAUCAUCAACACAGCUGCAGUCAGACCAGACACAGCAUGACUGAGGACACACAUAACACAACACAGAUCACACACAACAUGGCAACGGCCUGAGUAACCGAAUGAAGACCAACUGUAGGCAUCCCCCAACAAAGAAUUGCACCAUGGAAAUGUUGCACAUGCCCCAUGCCACAUGGACAUAAAUAUGCCUCAGGGGCCCAAUGGCCCCUAGCUUCUCGAUGUGGUCAAAAUCUCACUGAGCACAACCUUCAACCCCUCUACAAAAACCAGAGCCUCAACUACCAGAACCACAGAGGAACCCGCGAGGAGCUGGAUGGGUUCCUGAACGGCCCAACUAUGUCUGAACUGCAGCUGUACCGAGAAGUGUGGAACUCGAAACAGACCUCUGACUGACGUGAGGAAUUCACAAUAGCAAGUCCAGACCCAGAACACAGAGACUUAGCGUCUAUUAGAUGUUUUUGGAGGGACCUAUAUAGCCGUUUCUGCACUUUUUUUGUGAGUUUGUCUGGAUUACACUUUCUGUAACUGUGCGAUGUCGGUUUAUUUAUUCGUAAGAGUCAGGGAAUAUUUAGGCAAGUAAGAACUGAAAGACAGUUCAAAGUCAUCCAACAUCAUUCAAAAGAUUGUCACAACCCGUUAGGACUUCUUAUGAAGUAUUAGACAUGAUAUUAACUUUGCAGUAAAUGUCACAACUCACUUGGCAUGGGUGGUUUUAUGGUGAAGAAUGUGUUCGAGACUACUGUUGUGAUAUUAUAUAAAAUGUUUCUCUUUUGUGAGAUUAAUUGAGGUAGAACAUUGUAUUGAGGGUUUUGUCAAUUUUUAUUCUCUUUUACUUCAUGCCCAGAGGAUCAUGGUAUAGUGUGUGUGUGUGUGUGUGUGUGUGUGUGUGUGUGUGUGUGUGUGUGUGUGUGUGUGUGUGUGGUAGUUGUUGUUUAGUCGGUCUGCAGUAUUCACUUUAUUAACAGUAUUGAUUGGUUGAGUUCAUGUAGAUUUCAUUUCAGUUGUCAAUUGAACUGCCGAAAUAAAAACUCAUGACUAAAAAACGAUUACACACUCCGUGUGUUACAAAAUUAUGCACGUCAUACAUUUUCAGAAAAGCAAAUAUGUUGGAAAAUUCAAAAGUGGCUUCAAAAACAACAUGAAACAGCAUUCAUGACCCAUUUUAAUUAAGCAAUGAGAAUGAAAUUUGUACAAAAUUUAAAUGCAUCGAUCUUAAAAUGAGUUCUAAUGGCAUUCUCAGAGUUUUAUACAGGUAUGCUUUUCUCCUUAAAUGCCUGUUUAUUAA